AAGUGAGGGGAGUAAAUGAAUUGUGUGCUGAAGGAGAGGAGGGAAGGUGGCGAGGGGGAGGAGGAUGUGACUGAAGGAGAAGGAGAGGGAGGAAGAGGAGGAGGAGGAGGAGGGGUGUGACUGUGUAAUUACGAGACAGAGAGAGAGAGAAAGAGAGAGAGAGAGAGGACGGGGGUUAGAAAAAAGAGGGGAGAGGAAAAAAGUUGGAUCUGAUUUGCUGGAAUCGCGCAGGACCGACUGAAGGUGGAAGCGCUCGGUUUCAUAUCAGCUCUGGCUGGAAGCUUUUAGCAGGGGGCGAACCGUCCCGGCACUCUGCGCCCUGCGAGGCUCCGCGCAGAAAGAGAGAGAGAGAGAGAGUGGAAGAGAGAGAGAGAGGGAACACGUCGUAACGGCGGAGCACGCACAGCUCCAAGUUGCUUCUUCUACUUUUACAUGCCAGCUCCUGCGUAGUAAAAACACAAAUCCUAUUUAUUUUUUUUUUUGUCUCUCCCUCCGCGGUGGCGACAAUCUUUGGAUCGAGACUCUUCAUGGAUAUUCUUGGAUAAUUUCCCUUCGGAUUGCUGCUCCACACGCAUACACACACACGCACACACGCACACACACACGCCGUCUCUCUUCUUGCACGGUGCGCACCGAUCGGUCCUGGACGAUGGAGUGAUCGGAGGAAUUAGUCCACCUACAAUCACUUUUUCUUUCUCUGUGCUCAGCGCCGUCUCGACAUGUAUUCUCCGAUUUGUCUAACUCAGGAUGAAUUUCAUCCCUUCAUCGAGGCGCUUCUCCCUCACGUCCGUGCCAUCGCCUACACGUGGUUCAACCUGCAGGCCCGAAAGCGCAAGUACUUCAAGAAGCACGAGAAGCGGAUGUCCAAGGACGAGGAGCGCGCCGUGAAGGAUGAGCUCCUGGGUGAGAAGCCUGAGGUCAAGCAGAAGUGGGCCUCCAGGCUGCUGGCCAAGCUGCGGAAGGACAUUCGGCAGGAGUACCGGGAGGACUUCGUCCUCAGCGUGACGGGCAAGAAGCCGCCGUGCUGCGUUCUGUCCAACCCGGACCAGAAGGGCAAGAUCCGCCGGAUCGACUGCUUGCGGCAGGCCGACAAAGUCUGGCGCCUGGACCUGGUGAUGGUCAUCCUCUUCAAGGGCAUCCCUCUGGAAAGUACGGACGGCGAGCGGCUCGUCAAGUCUCCACAUUGCACCAACCCAGCACUUUGUGUCCAGCCUCACCACAUAACAGUAUCGGUCAAGGAGCUGGACUUGUUUCUAGCAUACUAUGUCCAGGACCAAGACUCGCAGCAGUCAGGAAGUCCGAGCAACAAUGAGCCAGGCAAAACCCCUCUGCCAGUGUAUUUGGAAGACAGCUUCAUCAAAUCAGGAGUUUUCAGUGUCGCGGAGCUGGUGCGAGUGUCUAGAAUGCCAAUCACCCACGGCGCAGCGGUACCCUUCACCAUGGCGGACAUGCCCAGCCAGCCCUACUAUCAUGACCUGAACUCCAGCGUGGCACUACAACGCUCCCUGUCCUCCCCGCCUGGCAGCAAAAGGCCCAAAACCAACAUGGAGGAGAACAUGGACACCAGCCCGACGGGACCCGACUUCUACUCGUCACCCAGCUCCCCAGCCAGCAGCCGGGCGAACUGGCACGACAGAGACGGAGCAGAGAUGUCCUCUCCCACUAUGAAGAAGCCAGAAAAGCCGCUGUUCAGUCCCACCUCCCCGCAGGACUCCUCACCGCGACUCAGCACUUUCUCUCAGUCUCACCACCCGGGCCUAUCAGGUGUGGGACACAGUGUUAUAUCAUCGAGGAGCCCCCCUUCACACUCGCCCCUGCAGUUCUCCGCCUCGGCCAUCCUGCCUCCGGCGCCGUCGUCCUACUUCUCGCACCCCACCAUACGCUACCCGCCUCACCUCAACCCCGCCGAUCCCCUCAAGAGCUACGUGCCGUCGUACGACCCGUCCAGCCCACAGAGCAGCCAGCCUAACAGCAGUGGUCAGGGGGUUGGGAAGGUCCCGGGCCACUUCACCCCGGUGUUGGCUCCAUCCCCGCACCACGGCCCGGUGCGACCCGUCACUCUUUCCAUGCCCGACACCAAGCCCAUCACCACAUCGACAGAAGGCUACUCCACUCCUGGCACCCCAACGUCUAAUCGUUUUGUAGGCCUGAGCCCUAGAGAUCCCGCCUUUCUCCACCAGCAACAGCUGAGGAAGUGUGACUGGAGCGUGACUCAAAACGGCAGGCAUUAUGGCCCCAGUGCCACUGACGACACUUUGGGGAUUGCUUGGCAAAGUCCUGGUACCUGGGCGAGCUUAGUUCCAUUCCAAGUGUCGAACGGGACUCCGAUUCUGCCAACAAAUGUCCACCAGAACUACAGCAUAAACAUCAUUGGUGAACCGCUGGUCCCCGCCGAGUCCGGGAACUGAGCUCAUCGAGGCUUGACCCACCUCCGCCCUCCCCCCACCCAGAGUGGAAGGGUGGGGCAGAGCUAGCACUACAGGUGUUUGCAGCCAUGGAUGAAACCAGCAAAGCAGCAGGUGCUGCAUAAACCCCCUCCUCAUCCAUCGAUCUCCUCACCUUCGACCUCCCGACCCCCCCAGUCUCACCUCUUCCAUCUCCCCGCUCCCACUCCUCGUCCUCAUCCUUACGAUGUUGAUGAUGAUGAUGAUGAUGAUGGACAAUGGCCCUGAAGUAAAGAUGACGAGUGGACGGCUCAGAGGAAGGAAGAAAAGCUUCAGGUCUGAUGUCUCCUCGCACACAUCCACCCACCCACCAGUCAGUUGUUGCGUUUGCAGAACUUUUUUCAAUCCAUCUGAAUACUGUGAUGUAUAGAUGCCUUAAUGUUUAAUUGCAUGACACUCUAGACUCUUGGCAGUAAUUCCUACUUAUUGUUCAACGUCAGAGGAAGGUGAAAACCGUUUUGAACGCCCUGCAAGACACACACACACACACAGUCAACCGAGGGGGGGUCUGCAGAUACAUCCCUGCCUGGUGGAUGGCUAAGAGACUCUGAACGAACGAACGAUCCACUGUGUACACCGUAGGAGCAAAAAACAAAAAAAAAAGAAAAAAAUUGUGAAUUCAGAGUGUUUUUUUUUCCUUCCGUUUGAUUUCAGUUUACUGUGAUACGACUCUUUGUUUUUAAGGAAAAAAAAAUGUGUUGACUUUGUUUCUUUACUGCUACUUAUUUCAAGAACUAAUGUAAACACUUAUUGGGAGAGUUGAGAACUCUUGAUGCAGUUUAAAAAAAAAAAAACACUAAAUGCUAACAGCUUGACAUUGGACCCCUCCUUAAAAAAACAAAAAGAAGAAAAACUACUCGCAAGUCCUUUUCAAAAGGAAUGUAAUAAUAAAAGAGGAAGAAAAAAAGAAAAAAAUUUGCGACAGAGGCAAGUGCAAUUGAAUUUUUUUUGAAGGGAAGCUAUCAGUCUGACUGCCCUAAGACUCUAAAGGAAGGGGGAUAGUUAUUAAAUGUUUAAGAAUAUGAUUUCAGUCACAUAUCCAUCUCUUCGCAUGAGUAAAAAGUGUGAAAGGCAGUUUGAAGACAAGCGUAAAGCUACCUGUGCAACAGAAAAAAGAAGAAAAAAAAACAGCACUUAAUCUGAUCUGAGCACUUCCCAUCACGAUGGGCAAUUUCUUUCUUCUUAAACAAUCUAAAAUAAGUCGAGAAAUUACACACACAAAGUGUGCGUGAAAGAGACAUUUUGUUUCAAUUAAAAAGCAUUUGGCCGUCAGCUUGUAAAGCUUAUGUGUACAGUUAUUAUCCAUGCAAAUGUACUGUAAUCUUCAUGGGUAAAGCUACAGCUUGUGCAAGGCGAACUCUAAAGUGGAAGAGGGUGAAAACUGAAAUUAUGAAUCCAGGUGGUGGCAUAUCCCCGAAAAUCAAGAUCUCUGCAUGGCAAUCCCACAGCUGUUUGCCCCUCCAGUCCAGACAACACACACACGCACACGCAUAUAUAUCUAUAUAUAUAUUUACACACACACACACACACGAGAAAAAAAAAAUUCUCCGAUACUCCUAAUUUUGCACGACGACAUAUAGUCCACAUUACGUGCCUUGCCUUUGAAUAUAGAGACAUCACUACAGUUGUUUUUGCUGCAUUUAUCAUUAUAGAGAGAGAGAAAAAAAUAACAUUUUUAUGAUAAGAAUUGUUUUGUACUUUGAAUGAAAUUGUUGAUUUUUAACUUCAUGUACUACUCUAUCUCACAGUUACAUUGCAUAUCAAGGCUGUGUAUAGUUGCUGUUUUAAAGUUUGUAAUCUACCAGCAUUUGGGUUUUUUUGUGUUUUUUUUUCAGUAUUUUGGUGGUUUUUCUGAUAACCUUUCAUCUUUUUGUUUUCUCUCUUAUCUUGAAUUCUCAUUUUCUUCAUCUUCCCGUUACUAUUGUGGAGGGUGGAAUUCAGAAAUAUGAAAAUUAUGCAAUACCACGUUUUGCCUAUGUAGGUAGUGCUUAUAGAUGUGUCAAUUAUUAGAGGCUAGUUUGGAGAUAGAAAAUAUGGUAAUGCAUUUAUUUUGUUGAUGUUGUUGUCCGUCGCUGUUGUUGUUGUUGAUGAUGUUGUUGUUGUGGGUGUUUCCUUUUUUUUAAUUUUUUUUUAAUUGACCAAAGUGGGGACUGCUUUCUAUGCAGUGUAAGGCAAGGUCUGAGUUUAGUUUUUUUCUCGUUUCCUCCAGCAUCUACCGAAUGACAGUCAGACAUGUUUCAGUGUAAUCUAUUUUUUUGGAAAAGGGUGGAGUUUUUUUAGAAGUAUGUGUAAAAAAAACAUUAGAACUCACCCUGUGUUGGUCUUAGUACGGCUGCAAAGUCACUAAUUAGUCUGCUGUGACUAGGCAUGGGUCGGUUACCCGUAUCGAGUUUUUUCACCGCUUUUGAAAGUUUAAAACGUCUUUAAUAAGAAAUCAAAUCCGUUUUCCUCCAUCUGUAAGAAGCCGCAUUGUCGCUGUCCCUUCACAGCUGAUUAGCUAGAAAAUAACACAAAAUGAAAACUUUUCCAGUUGUCCAAAAACUAAUGAAAGGGUAACUAAAGGACUACGUCCUUUCACUUUCCACCCGUGCAGGAUGUAGCCCGAUGAAUUAACUUGUUAAUAAUAGCUGACAGUGCUCCGAAAGUGGUUUCAAACAUUGAUGGAAAUGUUUGAUAGUCUGCGCGUUAAACACUAAAACUAGUGCUGAAAUUAGAGUAUGUUUUUUAAAAUACAUUUUUGCCUAUGUCUGCACUUAAAAACAAUGCUUAAAGCAGUAAAACAUAAAAGCGUUCUCUAAUUACCUUUAAAGUAAUGCAAUUGAAAAGCAAUUUGCUGAUGGUCUGACUAAUUUACUAGCUAUUGUUAACUAGCUCUUCUCCUUGCCUUAGCUGUAACAUUUGCUGCAAUACAGUCGUAUACUUGCAGGAUUUUUCUCAAGUUUUGCUGAAGUCCUCAUAUCAAAAUCAAAAUAAUCAAAACAUUUUAUUGACAACUUUAUAGUUGUAAUAAUCUAUAUGUUAAAUUGUUUUGGCUGCAGCAAGAACAAUUGUUUCUUUUGUUUUCUGCAAAAGCAGUUAGGUUGCGUCCGUCUGUAAACGCCGUCGCCACCGUGGCGUUUUCGCUCAAACCCACACCGACCCAUGCCUAACCGUGACUCUUUCUUUCAACUUUCCACCUGGGGUGCUAGCAUGUAACCUUUCGGAAGGAGCUGAUACAUUUUACAGGAGAGACGGCUUGACUUGAGCACGACAAUCAUUGUAGGAGAUCAUUUUUUUUCUCGUAGAAUCCCGGUCGGUCUCAGAUCCCCGGAGGGCUUCCGCCGCGCCCUCUUGUUCUCUCUUUCUUCCUCGGGAGACGUCAGCCGAAUGCAAUUCCCGAAUAGAUGCCUUAACAAACACAUCAGCUAAGUGGCCUGUGACCUGCGCAACAAUCACACACCAACUAAUGCUAGUGAGACCUGUCCAAAUCAGUUCCAGACAGGCUCAGGCAAGCCUUUAGAGAGUAUUUUAUACCUAGUAGAUUUGUAUAAAUGUAUAUAAACACACAUACUCCCCUUGCCGAACCAGUAAAAGUGUGUUAAAGUAAUUAUUGGACUAGAGAAGAAUGUUGUUUUAAUGGCCGACUAGAAGCUUAAAUAGAAUCCACUAGAUAAGGAAAUAUAUAUAGCACUUAAAUAGAGCACGUAGGCAAUCAUCUUCUCCCCCCGUGCAGUGUUCAGAAGUCUCAAUCUAAACCUCUCAGGCAUAUUACAGGGCAUUAUGUAUUUCAAUCAUACCGUCGUUAAUGUAGAAAUCAGUUUUCUCUCAGAGAAAAAGCAGCUCUUUUGCACUCUUUCCCUGCAAUCGUGAAAGAAAUGUUUCCUUUUCUGAGGGGCGAAAUUUUCCCGAGCGCUCUCUGGUGUGAGCAGUAAACAAAAUGAUCCUCAAGUCAAGCUCAAGCUCUUCGUCUUCACCCGGAUUUAUUAUGCAGAUAAAAAAAUUAUAUAUAUAUUAAGUUUUUUAAAAAAAGUCACCCCGUUCUAUGUGCACUGUUGUGUCUUUAAGUUUUAUUUAAAAAAGAAAAAAGUGCUUUGCAGCCUUCGGCCAUUGGAGACCCACUGAAGUGAAUUGUCCCCAAGUGUGUGUGUUCAUGUGCGGAGUGUGUGUGUGUGUGUGUAAGGGUCACUGUGCUGUCAGUGUUUGGUAAAAUUGGGAGACUGUACAUAAAGGUAAAUAUCCUGAUCGUGUUGCUGGCUGUGGGGGUCAAACUGCCUCUGCAGCUGAAGUGUGCAUGCAAGGCGAGAGAGCAGCUGUGUCGUUGUGAGCUGGACGUCGUGCGAUCGAGUGCCUCUGACGCUACACGAAAUGAGAAGAUGAGGGUCUUUUUGUUCACGUAAAUAAAACAUUUUUUGGUUUUUCUUUUUAAAAUCCUGCCGUAGGACAGGAGUUUGUACACUGUAAACUUUUCUGGGGAGCUCUUGUCUUGAAGAUGGUAUUUGUAAAUCUUAAUUUCUGGGGGGGGCUUGGGAGGGAGCUAAGCAAGUCAAUUCCAUUUUAGGAAAACUAAAUUAAUUAGCAUUUAGUUUAUUUUUUUAUUUUAGAUGCUGGAUUUGAGUUAGAACUCUCCAGGUUACCCAGAAUAGUGUUGUCAUCACGUUUGUAUUCCUGUAUGUAUUAAAAAAAAGAAAAAGAAAAUGUGGCAGGUUGGAGAUCAGUAAGAAUAAAGAACAACAAUGAAGGUUUUUUAUUACUAUUAUUAAUGUUAUUAUUUCUCAUUAUUCCUAGUGCUUAGAUAUUACUAUUUUUGGGGGGGAAAAAACUCCAUGAAUAUUUGAAUUGUACUUUGAUUAGAAUGGCCAUAGUAAGUGUGAUGUGACGUUUCUCAAAAUUUGUAAUUUCUUUUCUCUUUCUUUCUGUUUUAUUUGAUCAUUUUCUUUGCUUUUUUUUUCUCUCAAAAUGGGUGUAAAUUCUUGUUGAACAAGCGAGUGGCGUGAAUGUGUUUUGUUGUAGCAGCUGGGAGGGUGACGUCACUUAAACCAGUAAAAGGCAAACAACAACAACAAAAAAAAAAGAAAAUAUAUAUAAAACAACAACAUAAAAAAAAGAAAAUUAAAGGCCACAGAUUGCAUCUGACAUUAAACGAAUGACGAGCAGGGUAAAAUCUCCAGUGACAAACGUCCUAAAACAAAUAAAAUAUUUAGUUUCCUAAUGGAAAUGUGUCAAUCGGUGCUCGCUGCUGCUCAUUUUGCCCCUCCGCUAAUUUGUACUUUUGCAGUUUUGGUUGUGCCAUGUCUGGGUUUUCCUGCGCUGUGACCCGGGACACUUCGUUCAGUUUCGCUCUGCCUGACAAGACAGUUUCACAUCAAACUGCUCUGAUCUGCCUUAUGAUUUAAUUUACUUUUUAAAAUAAAAACACAUUAUUAAGAUUUUGAGGGAAUUGUGGCUUUUAUUAAUCAGUAGCCCAAUUUAAUAUUCUCAAAUUGAAAAAUGUUUAAUUGUUCCUUGUUUGUGCAUCGAUAAUCACAUUCUGUUCAUAUAUUUUUUUUGUCAGAACAAGUGCACUAAUCUGCUUUGAAGAAUAGUCAUCUCCACAAUGGACCAAUGGGCAAAACUUAACAAAGCAUGAGGUAAUAUAUGACAAAUUAAACAAUGGGUAUAAAAGGGUUUUGUUUACAGGUAGUAAAUGGUACAAAAGAAGUAACAAGAUGAUGGUUCAUGUUCGAACUUGACCCAACAUGGCGAAUCGUUCCCCAUUUUGUACGUUUUGCCAUUUAAUUCCAUCCGACUUCCAUUGAAUGCAAACCGCUUACGUUUUCACGGAUGUCAUUUGUUGAAAAGUAAGUACAUCCAAUUGAUGCGGAGCCGAAACGAAAUGUCCCGAGGCCAUUAAACCGAAACUGCUAAAGCAUAAAAUGACAAGGGAGCGAAACAGCCAGCACUCUUAUCUAAUUUUACUGACCAAUUUGUUGUUGAUCAUGGUCAAUAAUCAAUUGUCUUCUGAAGAAUGUCCUAAAAGAUCAGUAUCUACACAUCAGUCAUUUUGCACUUUUCACAUGCUUGAUGUACUAUAUAGAAAUCCCCGCCUUUGUAUAAAUUUAAGGUGCUUCACUUUAGGGUACUUUACUUUUCCAGCUGAGGUAUAUAUUUUUUAUUUGGUUUUGUUUUUCAGUUUGAAUGUCGAAAACGUCCUGAAACUUUAUUAAAAAAAACAAAAAAACAUGUAAACAGUGUUCAAUCUAUCUGCAGCGUCAUGUCAGAUCAUUAUUUUAAUUUUUGUCUAAAGUAUUACUACUCUAAUCAUGACAGGAACAGGGCAACCAUAUGCAAGGAGGACCUGUGGCACUCAUGCAAUAUGUGUGGUUUUAUUUUUGUCUUACUUUGAGCGUUCUGAAGGGCCUGAGAGGCGUGCAGGCGCAAGGGAAACCUCGUUUUCAUCCCACUCGAGCAAUACACAUCCUCCAUACUGUUGGCUAGCUGCUGGUCACUCAACGUCAGGUUAUAAAGCAAACAUUAAAACCAGCAUUUUUACACAGGUUGUGACUCUCAGCAAACGGCGAUGAGAAGCUAGCAGUGCCUGUUCAAGCUGUCCAAGCGUCUGUUGUACAUAACAGUAGAAUGUGAUAAACAUACCUUGCGUCACUCAGAGGAGAAUGUGGCGAAGUCAUCUGGAAAAUGUGCUUUUCAUUACAGAUUUAUUGAUUUUUUUUUUUUUUUGUCUUGUUUUGAAAUGUUUUCAUAUUAUAAAUAUGUCAACACACAUGUCCGCAUCAAACUUGUUUAAAAUCUAAAAUAGUUUUCCUUUUCUGGGGAGUCGGAGCAAAGAGGGUCAGUGCUGCAUUCUGUGCAGUGAAAGGAUGAAGUAAUGUAUUUUCUCUUCUCUGCAGAGCUGAUUUGUUGUUUGUUUUGUUUUGUUAAGGUGGGUGGUGGGGGUUUUGUGGCACUUUUUCUUCCCUCUGCACACACAUUUGACUCUGAGGAACUACGGCGGACGUGUACGUAACGAACAACAACAUCACCAACAACAAAACAGUAUGUUAGCAGUCUCCAGUAGUGAUCGUAGUUACACUGCAAGUGUGUUCAAGGUCUAUGUAUGUAUCUGAAUGUAUGUUUUAGAGGAAUUUUGGAAACCUGUUUUUUUUUUCUUUUUUUUUAUUAUUAUUAUUUUAUUUGAUCUUUUUAAUUUACAGUCUAGGAGCCACAGGUGUCCAUUGUGAACUGUAUAGCGAAGGCCUUGAUGUCCCUUCUUUUUAUUGAUUUUUAGUAAUGCGAAGCAUUUAGGCAAUGCCUUCAAGCUGGUUACAUUUGAUGCAGGGGCUAAAAUUGCCACAAGAUUAAAAAUCAGUGUAAAUAGAGGCUCAACUUUUUGUGAUUGUUACUGUUAUAUCCAGCCUAUACUGCUAGCAGCUGUUUUUACUGCAGUCAAUUACUGGAAGUGGAUAUAUUUCCUAUGCAAAACUGUUUAAACAAUAAAAUGAGCUAUGCUACAAAAACGA